CUGCUGACGUAGAAGCGGACGGCCAUCUUUGAUGAGGGCACGGCUCCUGGUCCAUUGAAGAAGGAGACCCGCGGAGGUCAGCAGCGACUGUCCUUGCCUCCCAGCUGCGGCACCGACCCACCGACCCCGCAGCCGCGGCCCAGCGUAGUGCUCCAUAACCCAGGCUCACAAGCAGCUGAGUGCAAAUCCCUGAUCUGCAGCUUCCAAGAACACACCCACAGAUAAAAUGGCAGAAGACGCUGAUAUGCGCAAUGAGUUGGAAGAAAUGCAGCGGCGUGCUGACCAGCUUGCUGAUGAAUCACUUGAGAGCACCCGUCGAAUGCUGCAGCUUGUUGAAGAGAGUAAAGAUGCUGGUAUCAGGACUUUGGUUAUGUUGGAUGAGCAAGGAGAACAACUCGAUCGUGUUGAAGAAGGCAUGAACCAUAUCAACCAAGACAUGAAGGAGGCCGAGAAAAAUUUAAAAGAUUUAGGGAAAUGCUGUGGCCUUUUCAUAUGUCCUUGUAACAAGCUUAAAUCAAGUGAUGCUUACAAAAAAGCCUGGGGUAAUAAUCAGGAUGGUGUCGUAGCCAGCCAGCCUGCACGUGUUGUAGAUGAACGGGAGCAGAUGGCCAUCAGUGGUGGCUUUAUCCGCAGGGUAACAAAUGAUGCCCGGGAAAAUGAAAUGGAUGAGAACCUUGAGCAGGUCAGUGGCAUCAUUGGCAACUUACGUCACAUGGCCCUGGACAUGGGCAAUGAGAUCGACACACAGAAUCGCCAGAUUGACAGGAUCAUGGAGAAGGCUGAUUCCAACAAAACCAGGAUUGAUGAAGCCAACCAGCGUGCAACAAAGAUGCUGGGCAGUGGUUAAAUGCAGCAAAGUGCAUUUCCUUUUACCACUGUCCAACAGGGCAGUACUUUCAUGCUUUUAUCAUGGUAUUUACCUACUAGGUUUGCACACAUGCACAUAUCAGCCCCAUUGUAAAUGUUGUCCUGUGUAGUUUGUCAGCUUUCCAAAAAUAAUACUUGUAAUUUUUUUUUUCUAGCUAUCUUUCUUUCCAAAGGUUGUACAUAGUGCUGAUUUGAUGGCUAUAGCUCACUAUGAUGUUUUCUGGGAUUUUUCCUUUCCUUGUUUCUGUUUAUAAUUCCUUUCCUUUUCUCCCUCUUCUCAUUUUGUUUUGUUCUCUUGUUAUUUUAUUCUUUUUUAAAAUAAUGUUUGCUGAAUGACAACACUGUUGGAAUGCUAAACGUGCUGUUAACCUUUAAAUAUACAGUAUUGUUCUUGUAAAACGGUGACAUUCCACAGAGCUACUGCCAUGCUCCUGUCUUUGGGUAUCAUGAUGUUUAAGCACUUACACCUGCUGUCUUCAGUUCCUCAUCUCCAUCAUCUGUUGUUAUGAUUUCAUGAUUAUACAAUGUGGAAUUAUAUUACUAUAACAAGCAUUGCACUAAAAAGUGAUGUGAUUUAUGCAUUUAUGCAUGAGGAAUAAAUAGACUUUUAGAGUCCUAUUUAAACAAGAUUUUUCCCAUGGCAGUAGCACACCAACAAUGACAACAAAAGCAUGCUCAGUAUUUGGACUCUUUUGGGACUAUGUUAUACCAGCAAGUUUGCAGUUGUGCCACUUUUUUCUUGUUGAUAUAUAUAUAGUUAUUAAUCAUGAUCAUUUUUUUUUAUUAUAAAGAAAAAAAGGAGGGAUUUGGCACUCAUCAUUUAGCCAUUGCCAGCAAAAUAAAAGCUUGGCUGAAAAUAUGUCAAAGACAAAAAGAAAUAAGUGUAUUAUAUCGGGUUUGUCUGCUGCUUUUGAAGACUAUCUUUUGGAGGAAAUGACUACCAUAUGAAAUGGUGCAAAGAUAUGUAAUUUUUAUAAGGCUCUCUCUUACUAGUCGCUAUCCCCCUGUGGUUUGUUAUCAGUACAGUUCUCUGUUGCUUACCUAGAGCUAUGCACACCAAAUCGCUGAGAUGUUUAGUAGCUGACUUAAAUUAAAAAAAAAUUAAAAAUUCUAAAUGAAUGAAAUCUAGAUAAACUGUGAGAUAAAUAUCAUUUACAGCAUGUAAUAUGAAAUUCCUUAUGUCUCCUGUCAGUUUGUGAAGUGAUUGACAUUUUGUAGCUAGUUUAAAAAUUAUUAAAAAUGAUAGAUCUCGGAA